AUGUCUGAGUAUGGUGUCCCCGACUCGCUCAGCUCAGGGCCCUCGGAUGCCCUGCCGACCGUCAGCGACGCGAGCGGUGACGCGCCCGUUUUCCCUUUACUCCAGAACAAUGGCGCCGGAAGCCCUUUAUCCUCGGAGGCUCCCGGCGGCCCAAACCAGGUCGGGGAAGACGACAACGAUGACGAACCUGCGGUAGCGAAGCCCUUCAUGCGGACGACGAGUCCCGACCCUUCUGCACGAGCAGUCCCCGAUACCUUUGACGACCGAGUGCCCGACCGACUGAUAUACAAGAUGCACAAGUUUAGUCUGUAUGAGACGGCGAGUCGGUAUUAUAUAGUUGGCGUCGAUGUCAGCGAGAAACGGUACAGGAUUCUUAAGAUCGACCGAACGACUGAAGGUGCGGAGUUGAACAUGACGGACGACAAGAUUGUAUACAGUCUCAAGGAGAUGAAUCAACUGUUGGACACCAUCGAUGAUGGCAACCGAGGAACGGGUGGAAUCAAGCUACGCUGCACCACAUGGGGGCUACUGGGCUUCAUAAAAUUCACCGGGCCAUAUUAUAUGCUCCUCAUUACCAAGAAGAGCACUGUCGCCAUGGUGGGAGGGCACUACAUAUACCAGAUCGAGGGCACAGAACUGGUUCCCCUAACGCCAGCCAAGUUCAAGCCGGACACGCGCAAUACUGAAGAGCAGCGGUUUCUGGGCAUUCUGAACAAUCUCGAUUUGACCAGGUCCUUCUACUACAGUUACUCUUACGAUGUCACGCGCACUCUACAGCACAAUGUUAUUCGGGAGCGUGAGGCCCUGGCUCAGGGCAUCUUACCACCAUCGGAUGAGGAUUUCAACUCGAUGUUUGUGUGGAACGACUACCUAUUGCAACCAGCUGUCAAGGCUCUCAGGGACCCUUAUGACUGGUGUCGGCCGAUUAUCCACGGAUAUAUCGACCAGGCUGCUUUGUCCAUAUACGGGCGUACUGCUCAUAUUACGGUUAUCGCAAGACGAUCACGAUACUUUGCCGGUGCUAGAUUCCUAAAACGAGGAGCUAAUGAUCUUGGCUAUGUUGCCAACGAUGUUGAGACAGAGCAAAUUGUUGCUGAGUCACUGACAACAUCUUUUCACGCACCUGGUCCCCAGCUCUACUGCAGCCCGCAGUAUACCUCCUAUGUCCAGCACAGAGGAAGCAUCCCGCUUUACUGGACCCAAGAUAAUACUGGAGUCACACCCAAACCUCCGAUCGAGCUCAACUUAGUUGACCCUUUCUACGGUGCGGCUGCCCUGCAUUUUGAUAACCUCUUCGAGCGUUACGGUGCACCAAUCUAUGUUGUGAACCUGAUCAAGGCCAAGGAACGUCAGCCCCGUGAAUCCAAACUACUGGAGGAGUACACGCAUGCCAUCGACUAUCUGAACCAGUUUCUACCCGAGGGAAAGAAAAUCAUCCACAAGGCGUGGGACAUGAGCCGGGCUUCAAAAGUGCGUGGCGGUGAUGUGAUCGGUAAUCUCGAACUCAUCGCCGAAUCGGUAGUCACCACGACGGGCUUUUUCCAAAACGGUGACGGUAUCACGAGCCCUAUGACGGCACAGAAUGGUGUUGCCAGGACCAACUGCAUUGACUGCUUGGAUCGUACAAACGCAGCACAAUUCGUCAUCGGCAAGCGGGCGUUGGGCCAUCAGCUACACGCGCUGGGCAUCCUGGAAAACACUGCGGUCGAGUACGACACAGAUGCGGUGAAUCUUUUUACACACAUGUGGCAUGACCAUGGUGACACUAUCGCCGUUCAGUACGGUGGUUCGCAACUCGUCAACACCAUGGAGACAUAUCGAAAGAUCAACCAGUGGACGAGUCACUCGCGGGACAUGAUCGAGAGCUUCAAGCGCUAUUACAACAACUCUUUCCUUGAUAGUCAGCGCCAAGAGGCUUAUAACCUGUUCCUCGGUAACUACAUCUUCACCCAGGGCCAGCCGAUGCUAUGGGACUUGGCCACCGAUUAUUACCUCCACCAUGCCGAUCCGAGAGACUGGUCUCUUAGGAUGAGACACGAUUACAUCAACUGGUUCACCCCGGCAUAUCUCGAAGAGAGGAAGGUCCCGCCAUAUGUGCGCAAGCGGGACAUUGCCCGCAUUCACCCCGUCGAAUUCUUUGAUGAUUAUUGGCUCGAGUACUAUAGACCCUCAACCCUCUCGUCCUUCCCCAAGAUGUUCGCCUACAAGAUGAACUCAACCAUCAAGUAUAUUCCCCUCAAGUCGACGCAGGAUGGCCGAUACGAUCUCAGUCCCUUCCGAGUCCGCACAGAGGGUGAUGUUGACCACGGCGACAAGAAGAAACACAAGAAGGAGGCGAGCAAAGGCAGCGCGCCAACCCAGAUGCCAGGAGACACUAGGGGGGCAGUCAAGAACGGUGCCCCUGAGCCAGCUCCUGGCCAGUCGCCAGCGAAGGUCAUCUCGCUCCAACGUUGGUUGCAGCCAGCUCAGGACAAGACUGCUCACCAAAAUGGCAUACGACUGGAUACGACACAGCCCUUGCAAAGACCUGAUUCGCCUACAAAGACAAAGCAAACAGCUUUGGAAAAGUCCAAGGCUGCACAGUGGACUUUCACCAAGGCCGUCCACGACUCUCUGAACCCAUCCGUGGCAGAACAAGAAUAUGAGGACUACGAGCGGUACAUCAAGCACCCACAAAACCUUCCUCUUGUUGUCUCAAGCGAUACUCCCGUCGACGUUGAUUCAUCCGAGUAUCAGGAAUAUGUCAGUGGUGGCUGGCAAGAUGAAGGUUUGAUGGUCAAAGGGACUGAGGAAGAAAUUGACGUCUAUGCUGAGCUGCUCAAGGUGGGUGAGAACCCACUCACAGUGACUGAAGAAGAUGGCCCAAAGAAGAGAUACAAGGCCUAUAGGAAAUGGCUACGUGGAAAAUCCUUCUUCAAGCAGCAGCCUCUGGACUAG